AUGAUUAACUCGACCGUCAUACCGAUUCCGGAGAUUCCUAUUCUUAACGACACUUCUUCAUUUCAUAAGCCAUUAAACAAUCGUCCGGUAUCUCGACAUUCUCUAUCAAUUGGCACACUUUCGUUUCGUAAUAUAAGAUACACUAUUAGUGAUUCAUUUAUCCGCAACGUGCGUACAUUACUUGGCGGUUCUUCUUUCCAAUCUGAAUCCCGAAAACAGAUUCUGGAUGAUGUGUCUGGUAUUUUUACAUCAGGAUUGAAUGCCAUUAUGGGGCCAACUGGAUGUGGAAAAUCUUCACUGAUCGAUGUUCUUGCCGGUCGAAAAGAUCGGAAAGGCUUAUCCGGCGAGAUAUUUCUUGAUGGUUUGCCCAUCACAUCUUCGUUCAAAUACAUGGCUGGUUAUGUUGUUCAAGACGAUAUUAUAUGUGGAACACUAACGAUACGAGAGAAUAUCAUGUUCGCCGCGAAUACUCGUCUCGGAGCGGGGCUUUCAUUCGAAGAACGCAAAAAGCGUGUUACACAAGUGAUUGAACAGCUCGGACUCACAUUACGUGCAGAUACAAGAAUAGGAACGGAAUUGUCUCGUGGUGUGUCUGGCGGAGAACGAAAACGGACAUGUAUUGGGAUGGAAUUAGUCCUUAAACCAAAAGUCUUGUUUCUUGAUGAACCAACCACAGGUCUUGAUGCAUCGACAGCACAAAGUGUCAUCGAACUUUUGAGUAAAUUAUCCAAACAUGGACAUACAAUUGUACUUUCGAUUCAUCAACCACGCUAUUCCAUUUUCAAUUCAUUCGAUAGAGUAGUUUUAAUGUGCAAGGGAAAAAUAGUUUAUAACGACUCACCGCAAAACGUUUUGCCUCAUUUUCUGCAGGUCGUUUACAAGCGUCAAGAACAUGAAAAUCCUGCUGAUCUCACAUUGGAUAUUCUUAUUGACGCGAAUCGGAACGAUAAAAUUUUUUACAAACUAGUCCAAUAUUACCAUAGGACACCAAUUUGUCAAAGAAUACCUUCUCAGAUUAAUGAACAAAUACGAGCGGCUGUUAUAGCUUCCUCUUCUUCAAACGAGAAAAAUGUUUUCAAACGGUCGUUUCGAAGAGAAUUGUAUUAUCUAUCGAAACGAUCGUUGACCAAUACAAUUCGAAAUCCAUUGUUAUUCCUAUCCCAAAUUGCCGUGGCAAUAUUUGUUGGCUUGUUAAUUGGUCUCGUUUUUUUUAAUAUAACAAAGACCAUCGAUCCUGGUGUACCGAAUCGAUUGGGAGCGAUAUUCAUGAUUGUGUCCAGUCAAAUCUUAGCGACAGUCACAGCGAUUGAACCGUUGGUCAAAGAACGGGCAUUGUUUAUUCAUGAGAUUGUGAGUGGAUAUUAUCGAAUUCCGACGUUUUUUCUGACGAAACUUACUUGUGAUAUGUUUCCGCUACGAAUUAUUCCAUCAGUGGUGUUUUCCGUCAUUGUCUAUUUUCUCAUUGGAUUGCAAUCCAGUGCAAGUCAAUUCUUUAUUUUUCUUCUAACUGUAUUCAUGUGCAGUAUAUUUGGAUCAGCUAUAUGCUUCUUCUACUCUGCACUUCUACCAAUAUUUGCUGUGGCAUUGAUUGUCGUCGUACUUGUUUUUGUUGUCAUGAUGGUAUUUUCGGGUUUUAUAGUCGAUUUGAGUAGUCUAUACAGUUGGAUAGGCUGGAUCAAAUGGCUCAGUGCUUUUCGAUAUGCAUCGAAUAUGUUGACGAUCAAUGAAUUUCGUAAUAUAACUUUCUGUGUCGUAAAUAUGACGUCGAUUUGUCCGUUGACUGGAACGGAAGUGUUAACAAGAAACGAAAUCAAAUAUGAAACGUAUUGGGAUCGAUGGCAAAAUAUUUUCGCAUUGGCAUUGAUGUCUGUUUUCUUCUUUGUUUUAGCUUUUAUUGAACUAAUUCGAAUGAAGAAGACAAAAUAG